UCAAUCAUAAUUAUUGAAGUGAUUCAGCAAGAUGUUGUAGUGGAUUUCGUAGAUUUAUGAAAUGCAUUUGAUUAUGUUAAAAAAAAUCACAUUUAAGCCAGUGUAUAUUCCACUAGAAAAUACUGGAAGGCUGGAAUUGACACAUGUUUCAUAAGUCAGAAAUUGUGUUAAUAGAUGGAUCAAUAUGUGUGAUUAACAGAAAUUGUUCUAGAAAACUUUAAGACAGUAACUUGUGUAUAGCUUACAUGGGUGAAUUUAUUAUUCUAUGAAAGUCUAUUACCAUAUAUUAAGCAUGAUAGGAUGUAUUGUUCUAUGAAGUUUAUAACUGUUUUACGUAUAACUGUCUGGGAAAGUUUAUUACCAGUAUUACAUAUAAUAUGAUUGUUUAAAGUAAUAACUUGUAUAUGGAUUACAUGUCUAUCAUUCUAUAAAAGUUGAUAGCAAUAACUACUAUUGUAUGAAUAAUGCGGAUUGUUGUACAGGAAAGAUGAUAACCACAGAUUAGAUGUGAUAUGAUUUUUGUCAUAUAAAAAAAGUUCAGAGCAGUACCUUACGUGUUCUAGAAACAUAUAUAUAUGGAUAAUGCAGGAUGCAUUAUAUAUAUAGAUAUAUAGAUUUAUUCAGCAGUUUAUAGUGGAGCAAAUAUGACACUUCAUACUCAGGAAACUGAAAUAGCCAUUUCCAUCAGAGUCAGGAUUCUGAAGACAUGAGAACCAAAAAACAAACUAUAUCUGUUGCGGAAUUACAUGAUAAUGAUAAUUACAUAAGCGAUAAUAAGCUCACUCCACACGAUAAUAAAAACACUGCACACGACAAAUCAUCUUUAGAUAGGCAGCUAGAACUUAACAAAGAAAAUGCAUUUGAGAAGAAAUUGUUAAAUCGCGAUAGUGGUAAUGUUAUUUGUAUAGAAGAGGAACAAAACAUCAAGCCUGAAAGUGAAAAUCUUAAAUUAACACAAGGAAAACCUGUUAAACAUCCGUUACAUAGGAAAAGUUCAAAUAUAACUAAUGAUUCUGGGUGUAGCACAGUAAGUGAUAUUGGUGAAAAUGAUAAUGACCUUCAGUGUGACCUUAACGAGAGUCAGGGCUCCCACAGUUACCAUAUCAACCAGAUAAAUGAGCCAAAUAGACGAGAAAGUUUGACUGUUAUUGAUGCAACCGGUCAUUUAACAUUACCUUCACCUCUUGAAUGUGUGAAACCAUUUUCAGAAGAAAGUGAAAACUGUGAAAUUGAGACAACAGUUCGUCCCCAUUCUGCUCAUAUCCCUUGCGAAAGUCAAUCAUCACCACAUGUUUUAAAUCGACCGGGUAGUGGACAGUUGAUUAACAAACGUUAUGGUCCUAAAAUACUCUAUAGUACCUCAGAGGAUAGUUCUUUAACUCAGAGACGUCUUUCAUAUCCAAGAUCACCUUACUCCUCACCUUCAGCAUCACCACGGUUACGUCGUCAGCCGACCAUGGAAACGCGAAGAAUCUCGGUCUCAGAUGGCGGAGAUGGUUAUAUUCAGCUCAACCAAUAUAAGCUCAAAGAUGAAAUAGGAAAGGGUUCCUAUGGUAUUGUAAAACUGGCGUACAAUGAAGCGAACGAGGCACAUUAUGCAAUGAAAAUCUUAUCGAAAAUGAGGUUGAGAAAAAAGGCAGGGUUCUUCAGACGACCACCUCCUACAAGAGAAGGAAAACAGGUUCGCCCACCAACCCAUCCUUUGGAACGUGUUUACAGAGAAAUUGCAAUAUUAAAGAAGUUAGACCAUCCGAAUGUUGUACGACUUGUAGAAGUGUUAGAAGACCCUGGAGAGGAUAACCUAUAUAUGGCUUUUGAACUGGUGGAAAAAGGGGAGGUGAUGGAUGUCCCGACAGACAAAACACUCUCGGAGGAAACAGCCUGGAAGUAUUUCCGCGACAUCAUACUGGGAAUUGAAUACUUACAUUACCAAAAGAUUAUUCAUCGAGAUAUCAAGCCUUCCAAUCUUCUUCUAGGAGACGAUGACCAUAUUAAGAUAGCAGAUUUUGGUGUGAGUAACGAGUUUACAGGGACAGAUGUCUAUCUUACAAGUACUGCUGGCACACCAUCUUUCAUGGCACCAGAAGCGCUCAAAGAGGAGAAAGAGAAUUUCAGUGGUAAAGGUUUAGAUAUCUGGGCCAUGGGUAUUACGCUGUACUGUUUCAUAUAUGGACAUUGUCCUUUUGAAGAUGACAUGCCAUUAAGUUUACACAAAAAAAUCUUAAAAGAUCCUGUGAUAUUUCCUGAAAAGCCAGCCAUAUCUGAAGGCAUUAAAGAUCUGAUAUUGAAGAUGUUAGACAAAAACCCAGAAACGAGAAUCACUCUUCCAAACAUAAAGUUGCAUCCAUGGGUAACUAAGGAUGAAGAAUUUCCGUUACCGACGGAGAGUGAGAAUUGCAUUCUGGUUACAGUUACCGAUGAGGAAGUUGAUAAUGUUGUUAAGCACGUGCCGAAACUCGAAACUCUGAUAUUUGUAAAGAGUGUUUUACGUCACAAGUCUUUCAAACAUCCUUUCCGGGAUAAUAAGGAGAAUAUGAAGGAUGAAUUCAAGAAAACAGGGCGCUCAAAUUCUGCUCCAAACUCAUCAUUUCAUCAGGUUGUCAAACAGCGAAUGUCAGCAGAAGAAAACAUAGAAGAACAAUCCUAGCAUAUUAUAGAAGAUUACAGAAGAUUAUACACUUAGAGCAAUAGCUGUAUCAUUUUCACAUUCUAUACUGCUUGUAUAGGAACUUAGAAUAUUAUCACAUUUGUACUUUUCACAAGAUAUUUCAUGAUGACAAUAGGGCUUGUUGUGCUAAAGAUAUAAUGUCAAAGACUGAUUGUAUGUUUGAAACUAAUUAACUGUAUUCUUGAGGAUACAAAUUUGCUAUUACUAUAGAAAAAGUGGGACCUGUUCUGGCAACUUGAGACAUUUUAUAGUUAUAUUUCUGUAACUCAAAUUUAGACACUAUAUCUAUGGAUAUGGUUGGGGCAUCUUGUGUAUAGUUAUAAUUGGGGAUUCAUUUCUCUAACUCUAAGCACCAUAUCUGUGUAGUUGCUGUUGGUGCACCUUUCCUUCAUGGUUCAAAUUUAGGAACUAUUUCUUUGAUCAGAUACACCAUUUCUAUUGUCUUAAUAAGGCACCAUUUGUUUAACUGUAAUGAGGGCAUUUUUCUGUGGCUUGGCCCCAGUUAAGGCUCUUGUUUAUGCACUUUUUUCCGUGUUACUAAUUUAGACACCAUUUCAGUGUUUCUGACUGAGACACCAUUGCUAUGUUUCUUUUACAAACACCCUGUUUGAUGCAUGUAAUAUUUAAUGUUUUACUGUAAAUACCACAUUGUUAUUCAAACUGCUAGCAAAUACAGUAUUUUUUAUGAAGAAUAAAUUCCUUCUGACAUUUCAUUAUUUGCAAAAACAAGAAUAUAAACUAUAUCUUUAUAGUAAUAUUAGUUUAUCCAGGGAAAGGCCAUGCUGUUUUAAUGGUAUUAUAUUAUAAAUGACCUUUCUUCCAGUUCUUGUUAACUCAUUUAAGGCAGUGAAAGAAUUUUCAAAAUCAGUUUAGACAUGAGACAGUUAUGAUGAUUUCAGUAAAAGAGCAAAAUGGCAACCAAUUUGUUUCCAAAAGAAAAUGGCAGAUUGAGCUAUUUUUAGAUAUUUAUUUGAAUUCUCAACUGUCUCCAAUAAAAAUGAAAGUAUUAUUAUGCUUUACAUUUUAAAGUCAAGAAACUACAGAAAUUUAUAUAUUUAGAAGGGUGUUUGCUACUUAAUUAAUUUAGCAGUAUGCAAAUCAAAUCAGUAAUAUAAAGUAAUAGUUCUAUGGUAGCCAUUUUUAUGCCCCCACCAUAAAAUGGGGGGCGGGGAGGGCAUAUAGUGUUACCCCUGUCCGUGUGUUUGUUUGUUUGUGUGUUCGGGAAAGGGUGGUGUCCGUGUCUGGGCCAUAACUUUGACAUGCAUGGUCCGAUUUCAAAAUAAUUUGACACAAAUGAUAAGCAUGGAUAGACGAUGUGUCAUGCGCAACAACAACAACCAUUUCACUAGCUCAAAGGUCAAGGUCACAGUCUUUGGUUGAACUUAGCUAAUUUUCACUACAUAUACAGAAUACUAAAUUUUCUGGUUUUCCCACAUUUUUUUUUUGUAAAUAAAUAGGGCCAAGGGUUCUUCUUUUAGUUUGUGAGCAGUACCAUGCCUGUGACCUUUCACAUGUUGCGGGGGCAUCUGUGUCUAUGACACAUUUCUAGUCUUAAAUUUUAAAUGUCACAUCUUUUUCUGUAGUUGUUAAAUUUUAAAAAUUCUUUUUAGUGUUAUGAAUGGUUGGGCGAUGUCUUUCAUAUAAAAUAACUUUCUUAAAGGAAAUUACCACAUGCAUUUGACAUGUGCCUCCAUAUUUGAAUUAGAAAUAUUACAGUGUAUGUUGACCUUGUAUUGACUUAUUAUGAAUUUAUGUUUAGGGAAUGAUUUUGUGUUUGAAAUACAAAUUUAAUGCUGAAUCUCAUUCUUUUCCAUGCAGUAUCAGAUGAGCCGCUCCAUGAGAAAACCAACAGAGUGCAUUUGCGACCAGCAUGGAUCCAGAACAGCCUGCGCAUCCGCACAGUCUGGUCAGAAUCCAUGCUGUUGGCUUUCAAAGCCUAUUGCAUUAGCGAACAGCACGGAUCCUGACCAGACUGUGUAGGCUGGUCUGGAUCCAUGCUGGUCGCAAACACACUAUGAUGGUUUUCUCAUGGUGCAGCUCAUAUCAUGGUUGAUAUCACAUAUUCUUGGGUAAACUGCUUAGUAGUGAUAAGGGUUUUGAUCCAUUGUUUUUCAGUUUACUGUAAAAGUAGAAAUUUUCCUGAGGGUUUAAUUUUCACUAUAUUCGCGAGGCCCUAUAUUUUGCAGAAAUAAAUCAUUGCGUAAAUAUUCACCAUUAGUAUAGUUCAAAUUAAUGUAGGAUACCAUUUUUACAAUUUCACGAAUAUUAAACCUCACCGCAAACAUGCGCAAAAUUUCAUAUUCGCAAAAUUUUUACCCAGCGAAAAUAUGUGCCUUUACAGUAUACAAGAAAUGAUAAUAGAUUUUAGAAAAGGGCUUGGCCUAAAUAUAUGAGCAAGGAUUUUAGCUUAAAUAUUAUUUAUUUACAUUUAUAUUUACAAGAAACAAAAUAACAAUACAUAUAAAUUACAAAUAGGAUCAAGCUUGUUUAAAAUUCUCCCUGAGUAUAGUAUAUUUUUACUUCCACUCAGCACCAUAAAGCAUGUGUUUUAGCUGCCUGUCUGCAUGGACAGGGUCACAAAGUUUGUUUCAUAGAGUGCAGUAACUUUUCAUAUACCAAAGUACAUUCUUUGUCAUAAAACUAGACUGGCUCCCGUCCCUAUGUUUGUUCUUACUAACAUAUAUCAGUUUUCUUCAUUAAGAGGGAAGUAACUCCAGAAUGUUGUUUCUACAUUGACAUUUUUUAUUGCCCCUGGCACCAAACUGUAUGGUUCAGCCAUCAGAUAAAAUUAUGCUAUUUUCGAGGCUUAAUUUUUUUUUAUAAUUUAAAGAUGUUUCCAGUAUUUAUAUAAAAAAAUAACCAUGCAGCCAGGGAGCCAGGCUAUCAUAAAACUACUGUACACUGACAUUUAGAAAUCUACUAGUUUGUCACGACUUGUUGACCUUUUAGCAGCAGUAGAAGUCAUUCAAGUAAAGUUAAAACUAUUCUGAUGACAAUGAGUCUUGAUUUUUAACAAAAUCAAUUUGAAAACUAUUAAGGAUUGUUCAUGAAUCUUAGCUUUUGGAUUGUUUCUUCUACUUGUUCAGAGUUUGGGUACAGGAGUAGUUUUGUUUACUAAAAAUGUUAAAAAAGUUGUGUCUAAUAUAAUAGAUUAUGUUUGUUAAAUCCUUGGUUAUUUUCAUCAUUUUAGAAAACUCCUUUAAGAAAUACCAUUUUUGGUGGGGGUUGGGGGAUAUUCUGUUUAAAUGAUCAUAGGACAGUUAUCGGUUUUCAUCAAUUUUGAAAUGUGAAGGAGAUAUGUUGAUGGGUCAUUGCUUAAUAUUUUAAGAACAUGUCACAAUCUUAUUACAUUCCAAUUAAUUUGGUCACAAAUUUUUUGUAUCAAAAAAAAAAAAAAAAAAAAAAAGAAUAAGUGAUCAGCAAGUGCCAGACAUAACUAUGAAUAACAUCUGGACUAAGAUUUGAUGAAAAAAAUAAUGGCUUGCAAAAUUUUGGUCACAAAAGUUUUCUUUUUAUUGAUCCAAGCCAUUUCUUCAGUGAGUUUUUUUUAUCAUUAAGGACUGUAAACAUCAACUGUGAUAAUUAGUUUUGCAGAAUGUGAGAGGUUAGGAAAAGUUUACUUUAACAGGUACAGAAAUUAUGUUGUCCUCUCCAGAAAAAGUAAUAUUUCCAGGUUUUGUAUAUUUAAUUAAAGGUCAAUACCGUUGAGAGAUUUACGAUGAACAAACAACUGUUAUGAAUUUAAUGCCAGCAUGUUUAGAUAUAGAAACUACAGGAUGAUGAUCCAUGGGCAAUACCAUAAAAAGCCUUCGAUUAUUUUCAUUCUUACAUGCAUAUAGAAACCUUUUUGAUAAAGUCUCCUAGUUACAUAUUGAUUGUUGGUCUAUAUAUAAUAAUGACAAUAUAUAUAUUAAAUAUAAAUAUUGACUUUGGCCAUUAUACAAACAAACAUUUACAGCUAUGAUCAGACAUUAGACUGGUCUGUAUUCAUCACUAGAGGACCAAACUGUUAUUUAAUGUGGCAAAAUUUCAAGUCCCUGUGGUAUAUCACUAUGUAUCAAAUCCCUUUUUUUUAUUACAGAAUAUGCAAGGCUUGAUUUCUUUCUGAUUAACUGGCAAAUGAAUUGAGUCAAAUAAGAAUUAUGUUUUGGCAGAGUUAAACUAACUAUUUUGGUUAUGUUUUAAUUGAUACAUAUAUUAAGGGUGCAAACCAAGUGCCUUCAGGGGACAAAAUGCAGAAUGAAAAUCAGUUGUAAACAGGACAGGCGUUAGGGGCAAUUUUUUUAGCUCACCUGAAAAAUCAUCCUGCAUCACCAGCUUUACAUCUCACCUCAAACUUCUGGUCAGAAUUAUACCAAAGUUGGUCAGUAUUAUCCUGGCAUGGAGCUCUCGCAUUUUCUUUCAUACGAUUCCACUUGGUCCCUUUUAGGGAACACCAAAACUAAAAAUAGAAAAACUCGGAACAAUUGGAUAAAUUUUCACCAAGCAUUGUCUGUAGCAUGUUUGUAUGGUCCUGUGUAAAGUUUUGUUAAAAUGGUUAUCAUGAACCGUUGGAUGGAUCUUGGACAAACUUGUAACUUUACCAAGGUGGAUCCAAUAGGCCCCUUUUAGGGACUCCUAGAGUUCAAAAUAGAAAAAACACUCUUAGCAACUUGACGAGUCUUCACCAAAAUUUGUUUUUAAGGUUUCGAUGGAGGCCUUGAGAAACAAAAAUCAAACAACACCAAAUCAUAGAAAGAAAGAGUUGUUUGACAUGAAAAUUGAACAGCAUGUAAAACAUGUAUAUUACUUUACGAAACAAGUGUCAGUAUACUGAUAUAAACAUUGAAUUCCGGAAAAGGGCUGCCUAAAGGGGCUCCACUUCCGGACAGUUAAACGCCUUUAAAAACUCACCAUUUUCAAAGAACUGUUACACAUGUUUGUUUUGAUGAAUUUGUAAUAGCUUGCGAGUGGUGAAAUUUCACGUAACAAGGUGGAACAUAGUUUUCAGCAAUUGUUUAUCUUUUUUUCUUUACAAAUGGCAUUCAUUUUCAAAGGGAGACAACUUUUUCUCAAAGAUUACUUAAAAUAAUCGGAAAAAGUUGUUUCCCUUUGAAAAUGAAUGCCAUUUGUACUUAAAAUAAUCGGGAACAGUUGUCUCCCUUUGAAAAUGAAUGCCAUUUGUAAAGAAAUAAAGAUAAACAAUUGCUGAAAACUGUGUUCCACCUUGUUAUGCGAAAUUUCACCACUCGCACACUAUUGCAAAUGCAUCAAAACGAACAUGUGUAACUGUUCUUUGAAAAUGGUGAGUUUUUAAAGGCGUUUAACUGUCUGGAAGUGGAGCCCCUUUAGGCAGCCCUUUUCCGGAAUUCAAUGUUUAUAUCAGUAUAUUGACACUUGUUUCGUAAAGUAAUAUACAUGUUUUACAUGCUGUUCAAUUUUCAUGUCAAACAACUCUUUCUUUCUAUGAUUUGGUGUUGUUUGAUUUUUGUUUCUCAAGGCCUCCAUCGAAACCUUAACAUCCUUGUCCGACCCAAACAAAUUCUUGUUCAAAUAGUUUGCAUUUGCCCCUUCACGGGGCUGCUAGAAUUGGAAAUAAACAACUCGUUCUUUUGAAUUGUGAUGGAUCUUCACCAAACUUUGAGUUUACCAUCCUUGCAUAGACCUUGUUUGAUGAAGUGGACCCUUUUAGGGGCCACCAGAACUAAAAAUACUCUUUGGAGACUCUCAUCGUGAACUGCUUGAUGGGUCAUUACAAAAUACAGCCUGUAGUGUCCUUGCAUGGACAUCUCUCAGAUUUGUGCAAAUGGUUCCCAUUGGUCCCUUUUGGGGCUACAGUAGCUGAAAACAGAUCAUUACAAAACUUGGCUAGGAGCAUCCAUGCAUAGAUCUCUUUUAAAAAAUUUGAGUGAACUGCCAAAUGUAUGCUAACCAAAUUUGGUCAGAAACAAUGUCAAAAGGUCUAGGAACUUCUCAAGUGAGCCUCUUGGCCAAUUUUAGGCACUUGUUUUAAAAUCUAUUGCCAUUUUUAGUAAAUUGCAAAUCAUUACUCUAGAUCACUUAAUGUUUCCUCAACACUUUCCUAAAAUCCGAUCUUAUUUCUAAUAUAUUAACUGUAUUACUAUAUACUGUACUUUUCUUUAAAUGAUAUUAAAAUGUGUAAGACAAAUCUUUGAGGACUUGGCCUUAGAUAUUAUGUAUAUACUGUGUUUUUCAGUGUUUAUUGUAAAUGUUUAUAUUUGUACAUAUCACUUAAUUGUACACUGCUCACUUCAUGUUUAAGUUAUGCAUUUUCACACUUUUUUACAAUAAAAGUAGAUACUUUAUAUUUAGAUAACGUGAAAACUAUUUUCUCUUCAGGUAUAGUAAGGAGACUACCAGAAUGUGAUUUGUUUGGUAUAUGUGAAUAAAUUUGAAACUUACUUUCUACCUGGCAUUUUUCAGGUCUACAUGUUAUUAUGAUGUUGAAAAAUGUUUUGAUUGCUUCAGCAAAUGUUGGACUUGUCUAUGUUGAGGGCUUGGGAUUUUAACAAAAAUCAGUCUUAAUAAUAGCUGUGUUCAGAAAACUGACAAACUACUCUUUUUAGCUCACCUGAGCACAAAGUGCUCAAAGGUGAGCUUUUGUGAUCGCCCAGUGUCCGUUGUCGUCUGUCGUCAACAAUUUUGACUGUUAACACUCUAGAGGUCAAAUUUUUGGCCCAAUCUUAAUGAAACUUGGUCAGAAUGUUACCCUCAAUAAAAUCUUGGACGAGUUUGAUAUUGGGUCAUCUGGUGUCAAAAACUAGGUCACUAGGUCAAAUCAAAGGAAAAGCUUGUUAACAGUCUAGAGGUCACAAUUUUCGCCCAAUCUUAAUGAAACUUGAUCAGAAUGUUACCCUCAAUAAAAUCUUGGAAAAUUUGAAAUUGGGUCAUCUGGGGUCAAAAACUAGGUCACCAGGUCAAAUCAAAGGAAAAGCUUUUUAAACACUAGAGGUCACAAUUUUGGCCCAAUCUUAAUGAAACUUGAUCGGAAUGUUAUCCUCAAUAAAAUCAUGGACGAGUUCGAUAUUGGGUCAUCUGGGGUCAAAAACUAGGUCACCAGGUCAAAUCAAAGGAAAAGCUUGUUAACACUGUAGAGGCCACAUUUUUGACUGUAUCUUCAUGAAACUUGAUCAGAAUGUUAAUCUUGAUGAUCUCAAGGUCCAGUUUGAAUCUGGGUCAUGUAGGAUAAAAAACUAGGUCACUGGGUCAAAUCAAAGGAAAAGCUAGUUUACACUGUAGAGCCCACAUUUAUGACCAUAUCUUCAUGAAACUUGGUCAGAAUGUUAAUCUUGAUGAUCUAUAGGUCAAGUUCAAAUCUAGCUCAGAUGGGGUCAAAAACUAGGUCACUAGGUCAAAUCAAAGGAAAAGCUUGUUAACACUGUAGAGGCCACAUUUAUGACUGUAUCUUCAUGAAACUUAGUCAGAAUGUUAAACUUGAUGAUCUUUAGGUCAAGUUCGAAUCUGGGUCAUGUCGGGUCAAAACCUAGGUCACCGGGUCAAAUCUAGGAAAAGCUUGUUAAGACUUUAGAGGUCACAUUUAUGCCAUAUCUUAAUGAAACUUGGUCAGAAUGUUAAUCUUGAUGAUCUUUAGGUCAAUAGGUCAGGUGAGCGAUACAGGGCCUUCGUGGCCCUCUUGUUUUAUUUAAGAUGCUUGACUUCUUUAUUUAAUUUUGUAAACAAAAAUGCAGAAGGAAGGAUUGUUAUCCAUUUGAAGAUAAAAAAAACUGUUCAGAGGGAAUUCAGGCAGCCAUAGCUGCUGAUUAUGCUUGGAUGUUUUGUAUUUUGGCGAUCAGUCUGACUUCGAAUGAUCAGAUCUGUUUAGAUAUUACACAGCUAUCUUGUUUCAUAAUUAAUGCAGAAAAUUCCAUAGAUAUAUGGACAGUAUGUUACAAUGAACAUGUUGUAUUUAGUCUAUAUUUUACAGACAUGAUUAUUGGCAACAUAGGGAAAUGAAAAUCAAAAAGCUUUCAAACUGGCUAGCUGUUUGUUACAUUGUCUUGUAAAAAAUGAUCUUCGUCUUUUAAGGUAGUGGAGCUGUACUGAUAAUCGGCAGGUUCUGUUGGAAGAGGUAUUCUCACAUGCUGUUUCAGCAUAAUUUUGUCAUUCUUGGUAACGUAUUCUCAUAAAAAAUUUCCGGUAUUUGUCAGUCUUGAUAAUGUAUUAUUGCAUGCUAUUUGAUAUUCUUCAGUCUUGAUAACACCUUUAAGCUGUUUUAGCAUUUGUCAGUCUUUAUAACAUUUUCUUAUUUGCUCGGCAGUUGUUAGACGUAGCUCGUAUCUCAUACAAACACCUGCUGACUUAAUGACAUAAGAAGAUGGAAAUGGUGUACCAGUAAAGGGAAGUUGCCAAUUAUGGAUAUGGAUCAGCUACCUUAAAUGCUUGUAAAAACAUUACUGCCUUAAACAUGUCUAUUUGUGUAUUCAAAGAUUUUGCUCUAAAACAUUUUGUAAAUACUCGAAUGUUGUAAUCUGCAUUUUUGAAGGGGAUAUUAUAUUUUGACACAAUCUUUUUCAUUAUAAAUGUCAUAUAUUGAAAUGUUUUUGUUGAUAAUCUCUACAGAGUUUAUAUUUUUGCACUUUGAGAUGUACAUGUAUAUAUAAGAACUUUAUUAAAUAUUUUUGACAUAUUGUUUUUUGGUUUCUUUUGGGCACAUUGUUUUAGCUGAUAAUUCAUUUAUUUAUUUCUUGUUUCAUUAGUUAAAUAGAAUGUGUAAACUUUUUGAAAGUUAUCACUGUUUUUCUGUCUUUAAUAAUGUGCUACGUAUUCUGGCUGAGUAUUCAAAAUACAGUUGGAACUCGAUACCUCGAACCCGCUAAUCUCAUAAUUCCGGCUAUGUCGAAGAUAUUUUCAAGUCCGGUCCUGAAAACUUGUGCACAGAUUAUCAUUAUGUCUCCCAUCACACAGUGGUGUGGGAGACAUAUUGAUUUAUUCCUGUCUGUCACAAAAUUUUCCACACUCAGUCGAACAUUUCUCAUCCAAUCUUCCCCAAACUUGAACAAAAUUUGUUUGACCAUAAGUCCUCGGCCAAGUUUGAUAACUAGCCAAAUCUGCCAAAGCACUUCGGAAUUAUGGCCCUUGAAUUACCGAAAAAUCAGCCUUUUUACUCUUGUCCGCACUCCGAGUCAAAAAAUUUUCAUCCAAUCUUCACCAAACUUCAAUAAAAUGUGUUUUACCAUAAGUCCUCGGAUUAAAUCCAUAACUAGCCAAAUGGAAUUAUGGCCCUUGAAUUACCGAAAAUCAGCUUUUUUACCCUUUGUCUGCAGUUCUCAUUUGAUAUUCACCACACUUGAACCAAAUGUGUUUGGCCAAGUUCGAUUACUAGCCAAAUCAGUCCAGGCACUUCAGAAUUAUGGCCCUUGAAUUACCCAAAAUCAGCCAUUUUACUCUUCAAAGGUAUAAUUGUAGUGAGUAAACAGUAUAAAAAGACUGACUUACUAUUUAGAUGAUUAGGCAGUUGUGGGAGACAUGCGCUUUUCUCAAAAGCAGCUCUAGUUUUAAAGUCAAAUUUCAGUUAAAAAUCUUGAACUAAAAUGCUCGGUUCCUUUGAAUUUGAGAUACCAAGUUCCAGCUGUAUAAUUAGAGACUGAUCUAUUAUUCAUUAACAUAGGGUAAGUAGGGCAUAAUGUAUUGUUUCAGAUAAUCCAACCAACCCUCUGCUUUCUAUUCUGCAACUAAUAUUCCAUGAUUAGAAAGUCAAUAAAAUUGUAUUUUGAUAGAUUUUUUUUAUUACAAUUUUUACUUUGAACUGAAAAAAAAGAGAAUAACAAAAUAGUAUUAUCAACCUAGCUAUCCCCAUUGUUGUAUUGUCAUGUAAUCAUAUUAAAACAAUUUAUGUUUCUCGUCUUAUUAAAAACAUUGAAUACUUUCUUUUGAUAACAGUGUAAAAUAUGAAAAAGUUUGCUGUGCAGUUUACUGUAAGACUGUCAAAUGAAGUAGAAAAUACUUGGUAUCCAUUCCAUUUAACUUUUAUUUGUCAAAAUAAGGACAAUCCAGUAUGUUACACUGAACUUGAUGUUCCAUUCAUCAGUUCUGUAACUGGGUUUUUAGAGAACUUAUUUUUGUGAUAUAAGAACCAAACAAUGUAUCUUGCAGUGAAAGCAGUUUAAAUGUUUUGUUUUCUUCAAAGCGUAAUUUUUUUUGGCCUGUAAAAAAAGUAUUAAAAAUGUGCAGAAUAUCAUCUGUGUUUAUUGAUAUUUCUUGAAAAUUGUGUAGGAAUCCAGUAGCAUAUAGUAGUGGAGUCAAAACUGCAAUAUUUUUUUUUUAUCUCAAAAAUGAUUGAAAUUAACAUAAAUGUUGUUUUUCUUCACAAUAAAUUACAAAAACUAAAAUACUUUAUUUUAGAGUUAAAAAAGUUGUUAUCACCAGCCUAAGAGAUACUUGAAUGUUAGGUCUUUCAGUAAUAUCAUUAAGUGACACUUAAACAGAAGAUUUUCUCUUUGAGAAGCACACUGUGCAUCUUUGAUGAUUCUGUACAUUUCUUUUCAUACCUAGACUUGUUGCUUAUCUUAUUCUGUUUUUACAAAAUGCAUUUACCUUCAUUCAGUCAAAUUUGUGAUAAUGUAUAGGUGUUACUUGACACAGAUUGUCUCUUGUGGCUGCUCAAAACUACAAAUUGGUUGUACGCAGCAAGUAUAAUUCAUUCGGACUACGUCCUUAAGAAGUUAUUCCACAGGCAUAUAACAUGUCCUCUUUGUGUUGUUUUGAUAUAUUAAAACAAGGUUCUUAUAUAUAUUUCAUAAAAGGAUAGUGAAAUUUUGUUUCCCUGGAUCGAAUUUUUCAGUUUUUCUGCAGUGACGUUCAAGCAAAUUUUCAUUGGUAACCACAUUUCACAAAUUUGAUUGUAUGUAUUUAUAUUUUGGCCUAAUAUUUCUUUUGACCUAAUCAUUUUUGUAAUCAUUUGUUUUUUGUAUUAGUUGCCAUAGUAACAUUGUUUAAAUAUUUGUUCGGCUUGUUUUGAUAUUAUAUUUUGUGAUAAUAGUUUUUCUCAUACAAUAAAUUUAUAUUUAAUAUUAAUAGCACAUGUGUAACUUUCUAUCUAAUGCAUUUCAACAGAUAUGGAAAAAAAAUAAAUCUUUUUUAAUUAUU